AUGCAGCGAUGCGACCGACUCCUUGAGGAAGCCGAUCCAAAUACAAGAUGGGAUCUGGCUACAAAACAGUUGAGUAAGAGCAACGGAAAGCUCUUGGGCGAUAGAAAGCCUGAAUGGAACGACGAGCUACCAAGGUGGAUCUGGGACCAAGGUGUCGGCCUAUGCACUGCGUUCGCCAUCGCAGCAAGCCAGUCGUUAAAGAUCGACGCUACAUACAACGAAUACAACGGCAAACAUAGAAAUGCCACCAAGACCGACAUCGCGAACGACUCUGCGAUCGUCAUCGACCCCAGUCGAGGAGAAGCCUUCCACGUCCUUGUCCUCCACCGCACACCUGUCAAAGACAGCCACAGCACGUUCGGUGCAGUCACCAUGUUCUCCAGGUUGCAUCGAGCAUGGAGGCUACAAGAACCUGCGACCCCCGGAUUUGUCUCCAUUCGCUAUAUUGUCUUUGGCGGGGGUAGUCAGCAACAGGAGGAUACUUGCCACAAUGUCGUCUCCCAACACUUGAAGACACUUCAAUCAUCUGAAGGAGACACGAGAGACCGCAUUGUCUCUCAGGUUCCGAAGAUCUUCGCGCAGGCGACGGAACUUUUGGGGAAAUCCGAUGUUGUCAAUUCGUGCAGAACUUCUCGACGAUGGCAAGGUGCUUCGCGCAUGACGGAGUUCUAG